CAACCAUGGCUUUCAAUAAGGUUGGAGUGAUCUUUCUUGUUAUGGUCAUCUGCGGUAUGAUAAUUUUGGAAGGAGAAGUGAAAAGAGUGGAAGGGUGCGAACAGGUAUGCUAUGAAGCAGCAUACAUGACGUGUCCAUCGUCGGCGUCAGGGGAAGAGCACCUCUCUCCAGCAUGUAACUGCUGCCUUGCACCUCGCGGCUGUACCCUUUACAACUCUGAUGGAUCUACCAUUUGCUCUGCUAAUAAUUAAUUCCUAAUAUAUAAUAUAUAAUAUAUAUGUCUACUCGCACUCUUUUAAUUAUGCUGUAAUAAGGUGAAUAAUGCAGUCAUGCACACUGCAGAGUAUGUAUCAAGUCAAGCUUCUUUAAACCAUUGGAGCUGGGUUAGAGAUAACAUACAAGUUUAAUUUGUGCUGAGUAUGUUUCAAGUGUUAGCAACCUUUAUAAA